AUGGAGGAUUCAUGGCCAUACAUAUCUUAUCGCACACUCCUAAAAGCAACCGAUGGUUUUUCUUCAAUGAAUUUGAUUGGUGUUGGAAGCUUUGGUUCUGUUUACAAGGGGAUAAUUGAGGAGAAUGGUACAACUGUUGCAGUGAAGGUGCUUCAUUUAGUGCAUCGUGGUGCUCUAAAGAGCUUCACGGCGGAGUGCGAGGCAUUAAAGAAUAUCAGACAUCGAAAUCUUCUAAAGAUAUUGACAAUUUGCUCGGGUAUUGAUUAUCAGCAAAAUGAUUUUAAGGCCUUAGUUUAUGAGUACAUGGAAAAGGGAAGCCUAGAAAGGUGGCUACACCCAAACCCAACACCAUCUCACAGGAACGAACCUGCCCAGAAAUUGAAUUUCUCUCAUAGGAUAAAUGUUGCUAUUGGUGUUGCUUCUGCAUUGGAUUAUCUUCAUCACCAGUGCCACAUCCCCAUUGUUCAUUGUGAUCUAAAGCCUGGCAAUAUCCUUUUAGAUGCUGACAUGGUCGCCCAUGUUGGUGACUUUGGAUUGGCUAAGUUCCUCCUUGGAUCAUCCAUUGAUAAUGUAGCUAAUCAAAUGAGCUCAAUGGGCAUAAGAGGAACAAUUGGUUAUGCUCCACCGGAAUAUGCAAUGGGAUGUGAGGUUUCAAGAGAAGGUGAUAUCUAUAGUUAUGGCAUUCUCUUAUUGGAGAUGUUCACAGGGUUGAGUCCCACCGAUGACAUAUUUAGAGACAAUUUGACUAUUCAUAGUUUUGUGGCUGAAGCUUUACCUGAACGAGUGAUGGAAAUUACGGAUUGCAUUCUACUUCAAGAAAGAGAGAAUCAUUUAAGCACCAGUAGCCAUCGGCAUUGGCUCUCCGAAAGCGAUGGCAUUUUUCAAGAGUGCUUGGUUACAGUAUAUAAUAUUGGAGUCACUUGCUCCGAUGAAAUGCCUGGGAGACGGAUGAGCAUGAGCGGAGCUGCAAAUCAGCUGCAAAAGAUUAGAGAGAAACUCUUCGCAAGGGGCUUACACGGACAAAAAUGA